AUGACUGGAGAAUCCGACUUUGAACGACUAUGGUCUGAUCUUAAAGGUCUUUUGGCCAAGAAACCAUCAGAACAUUGUUCUGUAUCUACACAGGAUGAAUAUUUCAUUAAAACUCAAAGUAAAUUCAUUCAGCUGAUAACCUGCUAUCCGGUUCAUGCGGUCGAACACAAGCUGGAAUUGGAAAUGUGGAAUGUUCUUUACAAAACACGGAUUGACACUUUACAGUCAAAGUUAUCUCAAUCCUUUUCUAUUAUGGAUAAUGGUGGAUUACUCAGAUGUUCACCUUUAGAACUUAAACUUCGUCUAGUCUUACUAUUCGAUCGUGCUUCAGGAGUUUAUUUCAAUCUUAUUUAUCAAUUACUUCAACCAUUGUCAGAAUCAGCAUGGCCUAAAUUGAUGCUUAUAAAUUCCAAAGAUCAUUUUAGCGUAAUGAAUAGAAAUAAUGUGAGACAUGUAUCCGACUGCAUUGAUUUGGAUUUAGCAGCUUUUCGUGCUAAUAAAACCUUCAGUAAACGCAGUAAAUACUCCGGUGGUGGUGUUAAACAAUGUUCAACAACUACAACUGACGAAAAUACAAAUACUAUCACUCCACGUAUACUUUCUCGAGGUGAUCGUCUUCCUGCAGAUAUGCCAGCUACUUCAAAACUCGAAGACGGCUGCUACAAAAUGACAAAUGACUCAAAUGUACAAACAACAUCUCACAAACCAGUAGAAGAUGAUAGUGAAGGUGACAAUAAGGUCGAUGGUGAUAAUAAUCUACAACUUGACUGUCUUCAACAUUUGGAUAAGGAAACAGCUGUCAUCUACUUGGUACAUCACUGUUUAAUUCAUUUGGGAGAUAUUGCUCGAUAUCGUCAACAACGAAAUGUUGCUGCUGGUUAUUACCUUUGGGCAUGGGCUGUACAUCCUGAUUCUGGUCAUUCAUUUAACCAAUUGGCUAUUUUGGAAGCGACAAAACCUUUAUCCAAUCGAUGUAUUGAUGCAUUAUUUUAUUAUUAUAUUCGUGGAAUUUCAUGUGAACAUGUUUUUCCAGCAGCGAUGAAUAAUUUAACUAGUAUACUAUCAAAUUGUUUACAAUCAUCGUCGACUUGUCAACUGAAUACUACGCAAAAAACAUCUAAAGAAUCGAUAAAAUUUCAAAAAUUAAAUAAAAAAACAUGGCCAAUAUAUGAUAAUUUACAAAUUCAAAUAUUUAUAGAAUUUUAUGCUGAGCUACAACUGAAGAAAGAUUUAUGUACAAUAAUUCAAAGGGCAAAUAAUCUUUUCGAAAUGAUACAAACGUGGAAUAGUAUAGAGUUGAACAGAAGUCAAUUAAUACAUAUAUUGACUAUUCAUUUUUAUCUGGCUCAUGAGUACUUGUCAAAGUUUAAAAUGAAUCUAACGACAUCGUGUAUUAAAACGAAGACAUUAACGACACAGAAUUUAAUCCGUCAAGCUUCUGCUAUUCUCUUGUCUCUUUCCAUUCAUUUAAUCAAUUGGAUUAGUUCAACUACUGAAGUGACUUCAGUAACUGCGUCAUCUUCAUCAUCACCGUCAUCAGGUGGUGAUGAUGAGUGCUCUUCAGAUGCGUCGAAUUUUAUAAAAGGCGCCGACGCUGUUAUUAAUAACAGCAAUGAUAAUAAUAAUAAUAAUAAUGCUAGUGGUAAAGAAAUCAAUAAUCCAGUUGAUACAAACAAUGAAAGUAUCACUGGUGUAUUGUCUUCUUCACCUUCCACUACUCCUCCAUCUUGUGUGCUUCAAAUUACUCCUCAUCAUCCUACUGAUGUUCAACAGUCAAAUAUUCAAUUAUAUAAAGAGGAGUCAUUGAUUGCAUUGAAUUUAUUAUUUCUAUGGUUACGAUCAACAAUUGCUAGUAGUAGUGCUAAUGCCGGAAUGGAAUCAUCCUUUACGCUAACUGAUGGAAUCUUUCAAUGGAUAACACCUGCAUUCAAUAAAAAAACAAUCGAUUAUUUAAAUCAUUUACUUCAUGUCUAUAAAGAUGUAUUAACUUCUUUUACUGUAGAAAAUGUUAACAAGAAUGAACAGUAUUCAACGGAGAUAUCCGUCUGUAAUGAUAAUAAUGAGAACAAGAACAACAGCAAAAACAACACCGUUAGUAGCGAUAAUGAUAGUGAUAGUGUACAAUCGACUAUUUCUGAUGCUAAUGCUGUAGACCAUGAAGUCAAUGGUGGUUUAAAUAUUUGUGAUAACGAUGAUGAUGAUGAUGGGAAUGGGUAUGCGGAUGAGAAUGGUGAUGGUGAUGACGUAACUGAACUAUUUUCCAAUCAUCAAAAGGAGGAUCUUGCUUUCUCUGUAAAUUGGUCUCGUUUGAUGAAAAUUCCAGAAAUUGUUAUUCUACAAGGAUUUAAGCCUCUUCAUGUGCCAACACAACAUCAUCUAUGCUGUUCAUUAACAAAUUACACUCCUGUACAUUCAUUUCCUUUUGAUAAUAAUUUUUGUAAUAAAAGCCUACGAGAGUUAUCGACUGCUAACACUAACGCGGAGGAAAUUCUGUCCAACCCACGGAUCAGACAACAUAAUGUGUUGUUGUAUGACAGUAAAACAGAACGUGUACUGUGUUUGUUAACCUCUGUUCGAUGUAUAGCUCAUUACUUUCCAUCUUUGAUCAAUUGGAUUCCACACUCGAAAGAUGAACCUCACAACGCUACAGAAGUUUCAUAUUUUCAUGGUUUAUUCGAUUGUAACAACCGUAGCACUCCUAAUCUAAUGGAUAUUUUUGAAAUACAUCAAGCUGAAGACACCACGAGUAACAAUAAUGACGACGGCAGUAGUAAUAAUAGUAAGAACAGCCUAAACGAUCAACUUGAUGACGUCGUAGCAUUAUCACCCCAGAAACACUCUGAAGAUCAUCUUAACAUUCAAGAAUCUGAUUCGAAAUCUAUCACCACUUCUGACAAUGAUGCUGCUGCUGUAUGCAUUAAAACUCCUCUUGGAAAAUCGGAUGCAGAAUCUAUUGAGAAGAAUGAUGUGGAAGGCGAUGUUCCUGUUCUCCAAGCUGGUCAACCUUCUGAAUCGAUUCCCUGUGAUACUACUACUGCUACUACAACAACUACUACUUCGACUAGUGAAUCAUCAGCAGUUCCUGUCGACCAACAAGAACCAGUGGAAAUAAUUGCCUCCAAUGAAAAAACUGAAAAAUCCAGCUUACCAGUAUCAUCUACAGAAAUAUCAGUUUCAAAGGAGGAUACUCCUGUAGUGUCAGUGUCACAACCAUCUUUUUCUCCUUCACUAACGCCACAUGUUGGCUCAUCUGCUGGACUAAUUAUGAAUGCUGAAUUGGCUAAAUUUAUUCAAGAGCAAGCCAUUCAGGUGGCAGCUAGACAACAAAAAUUGAAUCUGUGCAAUAGUUUAUUGAUUAACAAUAAUGGUGAUAAUAAUAAUAAUAACGAUAAUCAACAGAUUAAUUCUACUCAUGAUACAUAUUUAAAAACUGCCUUAAUCUCUACUAAAACAUUGAUCAAUAAUAAUAAUGGUAAUACAGAGAGUAAUUUAUCAAAAUUAAGUUUAAGUGAUUCCUUUAAACGUGAUCUACCGCCAAGAUUUGCUAGACUUUUACAAGAGAGAAAAGAAGCUAUUGAAAAACAAAAAAAUGAAACACAAAGACAGCUAAAAUCACUACUAACACCAAUUGACCAACCUGCUCCUUUGGCACGCAAAGAAUCAGAAGCACUUACAGAUUUAUUUUCUUUAUUAUCUUCAUCCGAUGUGCGAGCUCCUGUACAUCCUGAAUUGAAUGUAUCACCACAACACUUGCUGCAUCCUUCAAAUUCAAUGGACCCAAGUAUUCAUAAUCCUUCGCUAGACUAUCCGUCUUCCAUACCUCAGUCGAUGCUAAUGCCUCCUAAUGUAAUAAGACCUUCCGGUAUACCGUAUUCCUCUGCUCCUCCAGACUUCUUCUAUGGACCGCCUGUUGUUACCGCCAGUGCUGCUCCAGGAUUGGCUAAUUUCCCACCACCACCAAUACCACCGCCACUAACACCUAUGAAUAUGGAACCGUAUUUCUCGACAGACUACUCGUCAAUCCCAUUUACUCAACACCAUCCAUCAUUGAGUAUGCAUCCGUCCGCAUUAUAUCACAGUAAUCCUACAGAUUCUCUAAUGAUGAAUAAUUGGCCUACAGAUGUAUAUAUGCCUUCUGAAACAGAAAUGAAUUAUCAUCAUCAGCAGCAGCAUUUUUACAACCCAUGUGUUACAUCACAGCAUUUAUCAUCUUUCCCUGUAAAUAGUAACAUGUUCCCCGCUUCAAAUCAUCAAGUUACCAAUACUACUACUACCACUGCUGGUAUCAGUAGUAGUAGUAGUAUACCUUAUCAUCAGUCUUUUGAAUUGAAUGAUUAUACCUCUUCAAUUGAUCUUCCAAUUGGUACUUUCGACAAUCAGAUGAGUUAUGCAUCAAAUCCCAUUGAUGACGUCAGCAUCAUUAGCAAAAACAACAGUGGCGGCGGCGGCAGUAAUAAUCAAUUGCCUUCAGACGAACAGGUGUAUCAUAUACCACUAGAUGAAGAUGCCUCUAUACACUUUUAA